GAAAGCAGCAUGUGGUCCCUGGCCAGGAGCUGGCUGGAUGAAUGCUUCCAGGGUCACAACAAGUGUUCAGCACCGCAGAGUCCAGACUUUUCCCCUACAAGGCUCGUUGAGAUCGUAGACAGCACAACUUUCCGAGUGAUCGAAUGCAGAAGCAUCAAGACUUCACAACGUUAUGUCGCAUUCUCGCAUUGUUGGGGCGAAGUCGAGACCCUCAAGCUACUGAAAGUCAACAAACCCCGUCUUGAAACGGGCAUCAGUAUUUCAGAACUACCUCAGAGUUACAGGGAGGCAAUUGAUGCUUGCAUACGCCUAAAUUUCAAGUUCAUCUGGAUUGAUUCACUCUGCAUCAUCCAAGACUCAACCGACGAUUGGAGAGCUGAAUCAGCGACCAUGAUGCACGUCUACGGCAACGCCCUCCUCACAAUAGCAGCGGCAGCGGCAGCAGAAAGCUCCGAGUCAAGCCUGGCUCACAGAGAUCCUCUCAAUAUU